UGAGGCCUCGAGAUGCUGAGAGAGGAGAGACAUGAGACUGAUGGGAAGGGGGAAAUAAUCGUUCAGACAUUGUAGUGAAGAUCAAACGUGCAGCAAGCUCAUCGAGAGUCCAUGCGGCUUGCCACAACUGAGUCAACUCAUAUCAGACGCUGGAAUCUGGUGUUGCUUACGUAAGCAUGCACCCUGAACGGGACCAAUUUCCCCCUUUCAUUCAGGCAACGGCACCGCGAGUAACCCCGACAUGGACCCACCCCUGCUGAGCUCAAGGGGUAGGCUGGGCGAGUAUCGUAUCGUAAGGAAGAUAGCUGAUGGGGCUCAUGCAUCGGUUAAGCUGGGGGUACACACAUUGACCAACGUCAAGGUUGCAUUGAAGUUUAUGAGUAAAAGGCUCAUCCCUAUUCCAAGCAUCGACGAGCUAGAUAUGCGAACGAGAGUAGAGCGCGAAAUCCAAUACCUUAGAAACUUUCGCCAUCCGCAUAUCAUCAAGCUCUACGAAGUCAUUGAUACUCGAAAACACGUUGUAAUGGUGAUGGAGUACGCUGAGGGCGAGUUAUUCUACAUGAUCGCUAAGAAUGGACGAUUACCCGAGUCGGAGGCGCGGACCUAUUUCCAGCAAAUAAUGUACGCACUGGCUUACUCUCACUCCAUGAAUGUCGUGCAUCGUGAUCUGAAGCCCGAAAAUGUCUUGCUUGACGACGAGCUCAAUGUAAAAUUGGCUGACUUUGGAUUAUCAAAUGAAUGGCAUGAUUCCGAAUGCCUCAUGACAGGAUGUGGAACGCCAAACUACUGCGCCCCAGAAAUCAUCAAAGGCGAGGCUUAUGGGGUUGAAAUAGAUGUUUGGUCUUCCGGUGCCAUCCUAUUUGUCAUGACGUGCGGAAGACUUCCAUUCGAGAACGACGACGUAGGCGCGUUAUUCCGCCAAAUUAUCGACGGCAACUAUGAACUCCCCGAUUACCUCUCCGAAAAUAUCUGCUCGCUCAUACGAGGAAUGAUGACUGUAAACCCCCUCGAACGCCUAUCAGUCUCCGAGGUGCUGGAUCACCCAUGGAUGACCGAAAAAAUGGCCCCAAAAUACCUGCGGCGAUCGUAUCAAAAUCACGCUGAACACAUUCACGGGCCUGUUGUAUCUAUGUCCAACCUCCUCCAUGAGUAUUCGGUGCACCCUGAUCUCGAUGAGACCAUUAUUUCCGAACUGGUUAGCUGUACCUCGGCCUCACAUGAGGAUAUUAGAAAUACGUUGCUUGUUGACGGCCCGAAUGCGGUUAAGGUUGCAUACGACCUUUGCGCCGACCGUCGACAAUCAGCUCAGCAUCAUAGACCAAAGAAACGAUCAUCCAGACCCUUUCUUAUUAACAUAGAGGAAAGUGACACAAUGCAGCAAGUUAAUGGUUUGAUGAUGAACACGUCCCUCGAAGCCUCCGCUGAAACCGUCGCAAGCGAAGGGUCUGCACCCCCUUCACGGAAAUCUUCGCGGAAAAGACGGUCCAGCUUCGAUCGACUGGACAAUACAACAUUCGAAGUCAUGCAUUCUGGUGGACAGGAUGAUUCGCGUCUAUCACAACGAACUCUUUUGGGGUCCCCAUUGUUGGAGGCUCCGUUUGCCUUACCUGAAUCGGUGACGCCUCCACGACGGAAUAAUCGAACUAGGAACUGGCAUUUUGGUAUCCGUUCCACGAGUCCACCAAUGGAAGUUAUUCAUGAACUGUACAAAUCAAUGCAACGGCUUGGCAUCGAAUGGCGGGAGAAGCGAGGUAUCUGGGCCACAUCUCCCGAACGCGAUUUUGAGCUCGGUCCGAUUGAGCAGGCGCGCGGGGAUGACCUUGAUAUUUUCACCAUUGACAUACGGUGGAGAAAGAGAGCCAUGGUGGCACUCAUAACUUUACGCCUAUAUAAAGUAGCUAGCACCGAAGAAUUGUAUCUGGUGGACUUCGUUUAUCGAGGGCAGUACAAAGCUUCUGCAGACCCCAACGCUGCCUCACGGUUUGAACCGGAACGCCCCAAUAGCAACCCCUCUGCUGGGUUUAUGAACCCUUUCCUUUUUUUCGAGUGUGCCUCCGAGCUCAUCACCGAGCUGACUGGUUCAGGUGAUUAAUGCAGGGUGACUCCCGCAUUCCUUCGAAACAUGAUCACAUCUAGCGAUUGCAUUGGUUUUAUGGACAUUUCUUCACGGACUGUGCAUGACGAUCCCU